AUGGCGCGCAAGGCCGCGCCCAGGGCCAAGGAAGGCCCUGUCAAGGAGCAGGAUGGUCCUAUCAAGGCCAGGGAAAGUCCGGUCAAGGCCAGGGCCAAGGACAGUCCUGUCAAGACCAGUGGCAAGGAGGGUCCUGUCAAGGCCAAGGAGACCAAGGAGGGUCCGAAGGCCAAGGCGGUGCCGAAACCGGCGGCAAGAACUACGCCUUAUGCAGCCAGGUCGCUGAUUGAAAGGCCCAAAGUGGAAUCAAAGGUGCUCGAGAAAAAACUGGGGAAGAGCGAGACUUCGGAAACAUCUGCGGGAUCCACACCCAAGUGUGUCUUGUUGGAGGAUACCAGCAACAUGACCAACCGAGUUGAGAGGGCCGAGAUUCUUGAGGCCGCGCAAGUCUUGCGGAAGGAGGCGCAGGACUUGGGCCAGGCCUUGCGGCAAUGGGUGGCUGAGGCCGAAGCGGAAGCGGAAGACGCCAAGGAUCGGACCAGCUCGGUGGCGAUCUCGGAGGCGACAUGCCGUUCCAACGACCAUGACGAAGCCCCUGAGGUCCACCUGGUUCUGGAUGGUGCGGAGGUGCGACCCAACUCGCCUGUGCUGGCAGAUCCCACGCGAGAGGCGCAUGGCAGGCAACGCUUGGAACAUGAGUGCGAGCGGCUGGACGCCGACUUGCAGAGGGUGGCAGGCGAAUGGCAUCGGCUCUGGUCAGAGCGGCAACGAGCCAUUGAGGCCUUGACAGACACGGAAAGGUCAAGGGUCUCCGCACCUCCUGUACCUUUGCCGCUGCCUGCACGCGCCACGCUUGGAACGCUGCCUGGAAACACGGUGGCACAGGCUCCAUGCCCUGCUCGAGCGACGGUGCCGGCCUUGCAUCAGGCCCGAAGUGUGGCGCGAACUCCGAGUCCCAUUGCCGCCCGAAUGCCUCUGGAACCAGGACGGAGCGUCGCAACGUCGCUACGACCAGCCGGCUAUCCCCCUGCAAGUCCGGUACUAUCACCCUUUGCCAGAGGAGCGUCUCCAAUGGUCAGCUUCCGGUAUGCCACUGGGAGUCCGGUGUCGCCUUUUGCAGGUUCCUCGCCGCUACAAGUGCAGCGGAGGACGCUGUCCCCGGCCACCUACAGCCCAGUCCGCAGCAUAUCGCCCUUCCGCGUGGUGCAGAUGCGCCCUUUGACGCGCCCCGUGUCUCCACAGUUGCCGCCCCGGGCUGCCUCACCAAUGGCCUUUCAGGCACCGGUUGGAAGCCAAUUUCUGGUUCCUUGGGGCGUCCUACAGGUGGGACCCCGCCCUUCUGCGCAAAGGCGAGCUGACGGCGACAUCUCCCACCUUUGA